AUGGACAAAGGAUCAAGUGUCACAUACAGAGGCCCAGCUGAAGAUGGCGACAACAAAAGCUUCCGAUCGUCUGAAGCUCCGCGAUCAGAUGAGGAAAUCGCGACCGAUCCGUUAGCUGCGCCAUUGAAGCGCCAGUUGAAGUCACGACAUUUGCAAAUGAUUGCGAUCGGAGGAAUUAUCGGUCCUGGUUUGCUUGUGAGCUCUGGAAAUGCCUUGUCCGAAGGUGGGCCUGCGGGAGCAUUGAUCAGUUUUUCACUGGUCGGCAUUAUCGUCUUUUUCGUUAUGCAAUCCCUUGGCGAAAUGGCUACGUUGAUUCCGGUAACGGGAUCCUUUACUGAGUAUGCUGAGCGCUUCAUCGAUGAUUCCCUUGCUUUCGCGCUCGGCUGGGCUUAUUGGUACUUAUGGGUGACGGUUCUGGCCAACGAAUACAAUGCUAUAUCACUAGUUAUUGGUUAUUGGACAGACGCUGUACCACAAUGGGCGUGGAUUCUCAUAUUCUGGGUGAUGUUCCUUACGCUGUCCAAUCUGGGAAUUUUGGCCUAUGGAGAAAUGGAAUUCUGGCUUUCUCUAAUUAAAGUGUUGGCCUUGAUUGUCUUCUUUGUUCUUGCUAUCAUUAUCAGUGCCGGUGGCAUUGGACCCAAAAAGAUUGGGUUCGAAUACUGGCGUAAUCCUGGCGCAUUUGCCGAUUCGAUCAACGGUGUUGCCAAGACUUUUGUUGUUGCCGGCACACUAUACGCUGGUACGGAAAUGGUUGGUAUCACGGCCGGAGAAUCUGCCAAUCCACAAAAGGCAGUUCCCAAGGCUAUCAAGCAGGUCUUUUGGCGUAUCUUGAUUUUCUACGUUGGCACAAUUUUCUUCAUUGGGAUCUUAAUCCCAUGGAAUGACGACAGAUUGCUCGGAGCAACCUCGAAAACAGCCAGCUCGCCUUUGACAAUUUCAUUGCAGGAUGCUGGUAUCCUUCCCGCUGCCCAUCUUAUCAACGCCCUGAUCGUAAUCAGUGUGAUAUCAGCCGGAAACAGCUCGCUGUAUGUGGCAUCUAGAACGUUACUAUACAUGUCUCGGAAUAGAAAAGCCCCCAAGUUUAUUGGACGGACCAAUAGGCUCGGAGUUCCUUGGGUUGGCUUAAUAUUCACCAAUAUCUUUGCCUGCAUUGUGUUCUUGGGGCAAUCUUCCAGUGCUGGACGGGUGUACUCGGCAUUGAUUACCCUUUCUGGAGUUGCUACAUUCAUCGUGUGGUCAGUGAUUGGAAUCGCCCAUAUUCGCUUCCGCAAAGCGCUGGUCGUGCAAGGCCAAGACCCAUCCAAACUACCCUAUCAAGCAGUCUUCUACCCAUACGGUACAUACCUCUCACUUGCAGCCAACGUAUUCCUCAUCUUCUUCCAAGGAUAUACCUGUUUCUUGAACCCUUUCAGUUCGACCGAUUUUGUGAUCAACUACAUCCUCCUUCCGGUAUUCGUACUUUUCGUUGUUGGCUACAAGUUCUGGAACAAAACCCGUGUCGUCAAACUGGAGGAUAUGGAUAUCUGGACCGGGCGAAGGGAGAUAGCGGAAUCAGGCGAGAUCGAAUCCCCUAAGAGACGGAAGUGGUGGUCUCGGAUUUACUCAGUCGUUAUCGGAUAG